CUGGGCUCGGCUGACCCGGGGAUGGCCGUCACCAUGCCCGCGCACGCUGCCCGCCGCGUGGUCCGGGGGCUUCGGGGCGCCAGGCUGCUGGGCGGCUUCUGGGUGUGGGCGCUGUGCGGCCUGUGCGGCCUGGGGACGGCGGGCUCCCCAGGGACCCCGCAGCCUUGCCAGGCGCCCCAGCAAUGGGAGGGACGCCAGGUUCUGUACCAGCAGAGCAGCGGGCACAACAACCGCGCCCUGCUGUCCUAUGACGGGCUCAACCAGCGCGUGCGGGUGCUGGACGAGAGGAAGGCACUGAUCCCCUGCAAGAGAUUAUUUGAAUACAUUUUGCUCUAUAAGGACAGAGUGAUGUUUCAGAUUGAACAAGCCACCAAACAGUGUGCAAAGAUCCCCUUGACGGAACCCUGGGACCCUCUCGACAUUCCUCAGAAUUCUACCUUUGAAGAUCAGUACUCCAUCGGGGGCCCACAGGAGCAGAUCACAGUCCAGGAGUGGUCUGACAGAAAGACGGCCAGAUCCUAUGAAACCUGGAUCGGUGUUUACACAGCCAAGGAUUGUUAUCCAGUCCAGGAGACCUUCAUCAGAAAUUACACCGUGGUCCUGUCCACGCGGUUUUUUGAUGUGCAGCUGGGUAUCAAGAACUCCUCUGUGUUCACCCCACCAAGCACAUGCCAGACGGCACAGGUAGCAGAGAUGAGUGAGGACUGCUCCUGGUGAAUGCGCAGGGGCAGAAGCGACAACCUCGGCUCUUAGUGAUGGUGUCUGGAAACAGAUUAGAGACUUGUUUGGAUGCAACUCUCCGCUGGAAAGAAAAAUACAUUUGAAGAAGAUAACCCCUGAUGUGGACGUCCUCGUGCAUCUGACUCUGGCUGCUCAGCUCUAUUUUUAGAAGGAAGCCGAGGGGAGAGAUUGUGGCAUUCUCAACUGCCUAGCAGU